AUGCUAGCAGAGUACUUUGCCAGAUCGGGGGGCUUUAUGCUAGCAGAGUACUUUGCCAGAUCGGGGGGCUUUAUGCUAGCACAGUACUUUGCCAGAUUGGGGGGCAUUAUGCAAGCAGACUACUUUGCCAGAUCGGGGGGCUUUAUGCUAGCACAGUACUUUGCCAGAUUGGGGGGCUUUAUGCUAGCAGAGUACUGUGCCAGAUUGGGGGGCUUUAUGCUAGGAGAGUACCGUGCCAGAUCGGGGGGCUUUAUGCUAGCAGAGUACUUUGCCAGAUUGGGGGCCUUAAUGCUAGCAGAGUACUUUGCCAGAUCAGGGGGCUUUAUGCUAGCAGAGUACUUUGCCAGAUCGGGGGCCUUUAUGCGAGCAGAGUACUUUGCGAGAUCGGGGGGCUUUAGGCUAGCAAAGUACUUUGCCAGAUCGGGGGGCUUUAUGCUAGCAGAGUACUGUGCCAGAUCGGGGGGCUUUAUGCUAGCAGAGUACUUUGCCAGAUCGGGGGCUUUAUGCUAG